AUGGCAGCCCUAGAGCCGUACUUGAUCUUCACGCCCUCCGUACUGCGCUACUAUGUGCACCACUUCGCCAGUGUCUACAUACAACUUCUCGCCGGCAUCCUGAUGUAUAUCGAGCAAGCCAAGUACUUCAUUCGCCUGUGUAUGGGGUUAGCCACCUUCAAACUCACCCACCUGAUUGUGUAUGCUGAGAUACCCGUAUUAGUCUAUCUCAGUGGAUCGGUGUCUGCGGGCGUGUGGCUGUGGGCAGUGAUACAGGCAACGGCCAGUUGGGUCUUCAUCAACCUGAGCUUUGUUAUCACCACCCACCAUCACGACGAAAUCUGGCAUCAGGGCGACACAACCAUCUCCGGGGACUUCGGACUGCUGCAAGCCGAGGCCACGCGCGACCGAUUGGAGUGUGUGCACUCACCCUUUGCCAUGUACAUGUUUGGCGACCACGUGCUGCAUCAUCUGUUCCCGUGUGUGGACCAUGGUUACCUGGAGGUGUUGUAUCCCGUACUGUUGCAGACGCUUGAGGAGUUUGGGGUAGAGGCUACGCUUCUGCGGUACUCGAUGUGGGAGAGUGUGAAGGGGUUUGCCCGGCAGACGGUGAGAGAAUACGAGCACCACAUAAGCACUAUUGCUCGCCGGUCUAAGGUUGAGUGAGCUAUGUGCGUGUAGGGUUUUGCAUGUGUAUGUAUGCAAGUAUGUGUAUGUAUCGGAAGGUAUGGGUUGUGCUCAUAUGCUGAUGGAUGCGUGCACAACACAUGCCUAGUAUGGUAGAUAUAUUGUUUCUGAGCGCACGGAUGUGUUUGCAUCUGUCGCAAAACAGAUCGAUUUACUUAAUUUGUAUAUACAUAUGUAGCGGC